AUGGAUCCCAAAAUCGCCAAAGCCUUGAAACCCAAACGUCGUAAGAAGAGCCAGUCGAGAACUCUAGUAACAUCCAUUUCCGACAGCGAAAGCGACAGUGGCCUAAAAUCCCAGUCUUCCAAGCAAAAAGCCAAACUCACCGCCACCAAAUCCUCUGAGCCCAAGGUGUCAAAAUCCUCAGCCAAAGUCCUAUCUAAACCAUAUCUCGUGAAAGAUUCAGCACUCGUUGAAAAAUUUACCGCGCAUUAUCUUCAGCGCGCCACGACGGAGUUCUCGGAGGAUUUGGAUAAGAUUCGUGAGGCGGAUGAUUUUAAUGAGAAUGCGUUGCAGAUUUUGGUGCAUGCUUUGAAACAGGGGACUGAGGUGUGGGGAGAGGAGGAGAUGAAGAGAAUUGUUGGGUAG